UUUUGGGACAGUGUGGGUUUGUCUGGAUGCCACAUAGGCAGGGAGCCGGUGCUGAGCCUGGGAGGUGGCUACGGAUUAACCCCUGCAUAGGACAGCUCAGGAGGCUCCUUAUUAAUAAAUUAACAUUCAUUAAUUUUGGCAACAUAGUUUUUAUGCAACUUUGUAGCAUUAGGUUGUAGUCUGUUUUCUUGUUACACUGUUGCAAUGUUUUAUAUUAUAGCACUAGAAGUGUAGCUAAAGGCCUUUAUGCAUAGAUAAUAUUUACGUAGCGAGGGAUUCAUUUCUGUAGAUAGAUUGUUGCAACGCUCUGUAUGAUGUCUAAUGAAGUGAAGCAGAGGAAGAAAGGAUCGUCGGGUAAGGACGUUAAAGAUGCCCAGCAAAGUGCCCCAUCCUCAGGGCAGCGGGCACGGAAGAGUGAUCCGGAUUCAUCGGUCAGUGGGUCCGGUGGCGUGGACGUCAGAACACUCCUGUGCCUGAUCUGCGUGGCCGCCUGCGGAGCUUUGACAUGGCUUGUGUAUCAGCAGUCUCAAAACUUUUCCAUCCUCGAAACCAAGUACCAGUCGCUUCAGACAAGAUCAGGGGCGUUAGAAGAGCUGGAGGACAAAAUCAAACUUAUUUUUGGAAAGCUUUCGUCUACUGAAGACACCUUGGCAGAAGCCAGCUCUUCGUCUUCCGUACUCGCCCAGUUACAACAGCAGCUGUCGAGUGUCCACAGCGACGUAGACGGCAUCCAAAAGGACGAACAACAGCUGUCUAGAAAAAUGCAGCUUGUCAGUUCCAGAUUCCAGAACAUCACCGAUAUGUGGAAGAAAAGUCUGGAUCAGCUGAACGAGGACACGCGAUCGUUGAAGUCCGAGGCAAAGGUCUUGCACAACCAGGCCACCGGGAAAAUCAAUGCUGCCGACCACACGCUGAAGGUUCUGUCUGAGAAACUGAAAGAAAUGGAAGAUAGCACCAAGAGGAACGUGAGAACGGUAAGAAACCAGGAGGAAGAAGAGCUUUCCCACCUCAAAGAGCAGCUGGACUGGGACACCAAAGUUAUCGAGGGGCUGGAGAAGCAGCAGAGCGAUCUGAUCGACGUCAAUAAGGAGAUAAACCAGAACAUGGUGGAGUUUCAACCAAAACUGGAGGAAUGCAUCAAACAUUUGCCGAGCAUCGAAAGCGGCGUUCGCGGCCUACUCAGGGUGUCCAACGAGGUGCUCGAUCUAGACAAGAAGAUGAACGACUUGACCGUCCAGGUCUUUAAUACGGAGGACAACUUGCUGAAAGUAAUCUCUGAGAUGCUGGAGGUUCAGCAUUCUCUCGAAGCCAUUCAGUACGACAACAGCAUUCUAAAAAUGCAGAACGACAUUUCGCUGUUGAAGGAAAGGACUCAGAAGUCAUCGCCCAACCAAAAAUCAGAGGACGUUUUAGAGGAAGAGACCGAACCGGCGGGCGGCGAGGAAAACUAAUCUCCUAAAGCUGCAGCUUCUUCAGAACAAACGUUUUAUGCGCGUGACAAAAUUCACAGACAGAGACCUUGUUGUUGUUUGGGAUUUCUCGUUAUCUUUUUUUCUUGGGAGUUCGGAUAAUUCUGCUCUUCCUGCUCCACCAAACUUUAUAA